AUGUCCGGCUCUGUCAACCCCUCGUUAUUCGCAAACUGCACCGUCUCGACGUGCCCGCUGUCGACGUCCUACUAUAACUACCGAAUCGAUGUUGCGGCAAAUUCGGCCUUCGUUGGCCUUUUCUCUCUGGCUCUGAUCUGGUUCCUCGGAGUUUGGAUAUACACGCGACGUGGCUUCUGGUUCAUGUUUGCCAUGGAACUGGGUAUCCUCACAGAGAUUAUCGGCUAUGCUGCGCGCGUAAUAUCCUGGAAGAAUCAGUGGAACCAGGACGCGUUUCUCGCACAGAUCGUCUGUAUAACCAUCGGUCCAGCAUUCUUGUCCGCGGGCAUGUAUCUAUGCCUAGGGCGGAUUGUCACCAUCUAUGGGGAAGAGAACUCGCGAGUACCAGCGAGGUGGUACACAAGGCUGUUUAUCCCUUGUGAUAUUCUGUCGUUAGUCCUGCAAGCUGCCGGCGGGAUUAUCGCGUCCAUCGCUCUUCAAGACAACGAGUCGCUCACGACAGGCGACAACAUCAUGAUCGCCGGCUUGGCAUUUCAAGUGUUCACUCUGGUUGUAUUUAUCAGCCUGUGCGCCGAUUUUAUGCUGCGUUUGCGCCGCAGGAAGCGUCAGCUUGGUGCAGCUGCUGUACUACCACAGGACCCAGCUCUGACACGCAUCCGCGACUCGUGGCAAUUCAGAGGCUUCACUGUCGCUCUAGCUCUAGCUAUCGUGCUGGUUCUAUGGCGCUGCGCGUACAGAGUGGCUGAGCUCAACCAGGGCUGGACUGGGCCCAUCACAUUCAAGCAGUAUCUGUUCAUGGGCAUGGAGCCGGUGUUGAUAGCGGCUGCGGUGUACUCACUUGCCUUUUUCCAUCCGGCCAUCUGUAUGGGAGAAGCCAUGAGCCAGAAGAACAACUUGAUCCUGUCACGCUUCAUGAAAAGUAGGCUGUAG